UUCUAUGGCCGUAGAUUUAUCAACUCAUCGGGUAAAAUUUAAAAGUCACAUAUCAUUCUGUAGAAAGGAACGGUAUGUCCAAUUACUUUGGAAAUCGUUCAUUUUUUAUCGCACGUAAUUCGUGGGAUUAUUACGAGAGCAACGAUGUUUAGUGAAGAUUGUAUUAUAUUCAGUUUUGCUAAAGAUUUCUGGGAAAGUGUGUGCCGGUAGACAUAGGUGUCAACAGGGGGCUCCGCAAGAUGCUAUCAAAAGUUUUAUCUGUGAUUUAGUAAAUUCAUCAUGACUACAAUGAAGAACCCUAAUUCGUCGUCUACAAAGGCAUUAUUUAGCCACAUUAAGUACGAGCACCUGGUAGCUGGUAUAUCAGGUGGCGUGACUUCCACACUCAUAUUGCACCCGUUGGAUUUAAUCAAAAUCAGAUUCGCUGUUAACGACGGCAGGACCGCAACAGUUCCUAGGUAUGAUGGGCUCGGCAGUGCAUUUGUCACCAUUGUGAAGAAGGAGGGAGUCAAAGGACUAUACAGAGGAGUCACACCUAAUGUUUGGGGCUCAGGCUCCGCUUGGGGCUUCUACUUUUUAUUUUAUAACGCAAUAAAAACAUGGAUCCAAGGCGGGAACGCGCGCACCCCGCUGGGCCCCGGCCUGCACAUGCUGGCGGCGGCCGAGGCGGGCGUGCUGUCGCUCGUCAUGACGAACCCCAUCUGGGUGGUGAAGACCCGCCUCUGUCUCCAGUACAGCGACGAGCAUGUGUCCGACAACAAGCGCUACAAGGGCAUGAUCGAUGGCCUCAUGAAGAUCUACAGGACUGAAGGGAUCAGGGGUCUCUACAGGGGCUUCGUUCCCGGCAUGUUCGGCGUGUCGCACGGCGCCCUGCAGUUCAUGACGUACGAGGAAAUGAAGAACAGGUACAACCAGUACAGGAAUCUGCCGAUUGAUAUCAAAUUGACGUCGCUGGAGUACCUGACGUUCGCGGCGGUGUCGAAGCUGCUGGCGGCGGGCGCCACGUACCCGUACCAGGUGGUCCGCGCGCGCCUGCAGGACCAGCACCGCAGCUACCGCGGCGCCUGGCACUGCGUCAGCGACACCUGGAGAUACGAGGGUUGGCGUGGUUUCUACAAGGGCCUGAAGCCGAGUCUGACCCGCGUCAUCCCAGCCACUAUGAUCACCUUCUUGACAUACGAGAAUGUAUCGCAUUACAUGUUGAACAGAUCGAGAGAGCUCAAGCUGCCAUCUUAAGCGAUUAGUACAUAGCUGUCAUUGUACUGGGCGUUCAUUUGAUGUUUUAUAGUUUUUAUUAUUGACUUACUGUUUUUUUUUAAAAUCAGAUAGUUGUAGAGUUAGUUUAAAGAUGGUUGAUGAAAGAUUGUUCAAAACAGAAAUUGGAUAAUCUUUUGUCGGAUUAUCCCUCUUAAGAGGCCGGUGUAAGCAGCGCGCAACUGCAAUUCGACGCGAGCCAAAAAUCGGACGAAACAUUGCUAUCUCUAUCGGACUUCUCGCGGCGCAGCGCGUAGCUGUGUGCGUGCGUGUAGUACUUUUGUAGCGAGUCAUUCAUAAUGACUGAUAACCACUGCAUU